UGCCACAGGAUUGGCGGUUAAUCGCCGCCCAGUCAAAACUGGCCCACAACGAGUUGAAGGCUCAAGGCGAAUCGAGGCGUGGCAUCUGCAGAUACUCACGCGAGGGCUCCUCUAUUGACGAUGUCAGACCCCGUGGCACGUGCACGCGAGAUCGCGGCGCGUCUGGCAGCAGCCGCGAUUCCAGGCGGGGACGCGCUGGGCAAGCGCAAGAGCCGUUGGGAGGUGCGUCAGUGUAGCAUUGGGUUUUAUUGACAAAAUGGGCUUUUCACCUGAUGUUGCUGUGGACUAUUUUUUGGUCUUUUGAUCACGAAUAGGGUGAUGUGGAUGGCGGAGUGCGACCUGCCCCCGGUAUGGGCGAGAAGAAGCGCAAGAAAGUGUACAUUCCCGUGGACAAGUACCCCGAUAUCAACUUUAUGGGACUAUUAAUUGGUCCUCGCGGGUCCAAUCAGAAGCGCAUGGAAGACGAAUCCGGAGCGCGCAUUCUGAUUCGCGGAAAAGGCUCGUCCAAAGACCCAACCGGCGAGCCGGACGAGAACGAAGAACUGCACGUAUUAAUCACCGCGGACACGGACGAAGCCGUGGCCAAAGCUCAGAGCGCAGUGGAAGACAUCCUCUUCAACCCUCAACAAGCCAUGAAGCUCAAACAGGAGCAACUGCGCAAAGUGGCGGAGCUCAACGGCACGUUAAAUGAGAACUACGACAGCCAUGCGAUUGGUCAAAAUAGCGGUGCGCACUAUGGUCCUGGAAAUGAUGCACAGGCGUCAUCAUACGACAUGAAAGUGCCCCGGGAGCUGGUCGGAUACAUCAUCGGACGUGGCGGAGAGACGAUCAGAGACCUCCAGAUGAAAAGUGGGGCGCAUAUCCAGAUCGUUCGGGAGGAGGAGGGCGCUCCUCAGACACCUGACCGAUACGUAAAUAUUGCUGGAAAUCAGGAAGCUCUAGAUUUAGCACAGCGUCUGAUCCAGAAUCUGAUCGAUGAAAGACAGCAGAACCAGAGUGCUGGAGGCUUCCGUGAACGUGACGAUCGUGACCGGAUGGCUCGCUAUGGCGGGAUAAACCCGGAUGGGUCGGACUCAGUGGAGCUUCUUGUGCCCAAUGAGCGGGUUGGACUCAUUAUCGGACGUGGAGGCUGCACGAUCAAGGCCAUUCAGCAACGUACAGGCACGAGCGUGACCAUCCCGCAGACGCCAGACCCAAACCAUCCGGACAAGCGGUUGAUCACUAUCCGUGGUACAAUGGAGGCCAAAGAAGCCGCCAAGUUCGAGAUCCAGAGUCUGGUCAGUGAGGAACCAGGGCAACGUCAUGGCUACGGGAUGGCGUCGGGGCAGACGAUCUACAUGCAAGUACCCAAUGACCGAGUGGGGGUUAUUAUCGGGAAAAGAGGAGAGACGAUCAAGGGCAUUCAAGACCGUCAUGCGGUGCGUAUCCAGAUCCCUCAAGUAGCCGAUGAAGGCUCGAACCCUCCAGUGCGUACGAUCUCGAUCCAAGGACCGCCCCAGAAUCUGGCAGGGGCUAAAGAAGAGGUCGAUAUGGUCAUUUUACAAGGUGCUGGCAGUCAAGGAUAUGGCAGUGGUGGGCGAUAUGGAGACAGCUAUGGAAGCUCGGGUAAUUAUGGGCAACAGUAUGGCAGCUAUGGCGCUCAAGGGCAACAGGAUCAGUACGCUUCGUACUAUCAAGGUCAACAGGGUCAGUACUAUCAGGAGGCAUCAGCUACAAGUACAGCAACGACGAGUACUGGAGACCAAGCGACUGCGACUGCGACGGACCCGAAUGACCCGAAUGCCUACUGGAAUGGAUACUACGAGUACGCAGCGUAUUACGGCGUGGAUGCAGCGAAUGCGGCCUGGGGUGUCACUGGUGCUGCGGCACAGGCCAGUGCGGAGGCAUAUCAGCAGUACCAGCAACAAGCUGGUGCUGAAGCGGAGGCUCCUGGCACUGAAGCGACUGCAUCUAGUGACACACCUGCGACUGACAAGUCCACGUCGGCUCCUGGAACUUCACAGGUUUGUUGAGUGCAUUUUUUUUGUGAUUUCUGCGCCUGCCGGUCUCGAUUUGUCUAUUGGUUGAAUCGCUCGUCUCGCUGGUGACUUGAGACGAAAGAGGUCGUGGCGAUUGGCUCUUGAGAUGAUGUGUUUGUUGAUGAGUUCCCUGUCUUGUGUAUGUGAUGAUUGUUUUGUUCAUUGCGCUGGCUAAUAGACGCAAGGACCCCCAGGUACUGCCUAAAAACUUCGGAGAUCAAGACUUGAAGACCAACGUGCUUCAUAAUGGACAGGUAGGCACCGAGGAGACAGCAGGACAGGCGUUAUGAAUGCAACGUUAGUUGCUCUAUUGUGGAGGUAUCGUGGGUAUAUUUGUAUUAUUUGUGUGAAGUACAGGAUACGGAGCGCUUAUUAAUGACGCCGAGAGAAGCGAGAUACUGCUUGACUUUGUGGGCUUCGCUUGAAGUCGCCAAGACGAUUCGGAUCCAGUGUUGCGCGUUCAUUGGGUUAUAAUCGUCUCCGAACUGCUCCAGGACUCUGGAUAAGCGGAAGCGGAAGCUCUUGUCUGUUGUAUUGACCGACGCGUGCAGCAUAUCCCGAUAGUACAUGAUCAUGAGCACUUCUUUGGCUUCGUAGGGAUGUUGGAACAGGUACGUGCACCGGUCGGAUGAGAAGGUGGCAGGACACGGGAAUCGACACUCGAGUUUCCCGACACUAAGACUAACGGUGGGAGUCUGGAAAGAGUCAUCACGGGAAAGUUGGGCAGGUGCGUUCGAGAGCUUGUACGUGCUAGCGAGCUGUGCUGUGAUGGCCUGCGCUCCUUGCGAAAUGGUCUUGAGCUGUUCCGAGAGCGAUGGCCGUAGACUGGGAGAUGGUUGUCGUGUGUUAGUUAGUCGAGCUUUAGGUGGUUCUUGCUUGGGUAUUGAUGCAGUUAGGAAUGCAGUAGGCGUCAGGAGGGGAGUUGCAGUAGGUAUUAAUACUUGAGUAUUGGGGAUCUCGGCCUUGAAACUUCGAUUUGGGCGAUAGAGCACGUAUUGAGGAAACGUCUCGCCCUUGAACGAAGACGGCGCGGCGGCGGCUAUAGCUGCUUUUGCAGGCAUGCUGUGCUGUCGAGUCGUAAGCUUGGUGCUGUUAACAGUGAUGCUGCUGCGAAGUCACUAUUGAGGAUGUUGAGCAGAGAAAGAUAAAAAAAACUAAAAAUAUGCCCCCAGGAGAUUAAGCCUACGACUGAUAGAAAGGCUGUGUAGUCAUCCUAUUGUUGUUUGAAAAUGACUAAUACUGUUGUAGGCAAGUUGCUUACAACCAACGUAAAUUCGCCAU